AUGGGCAAAGCCGAGGAAGUCAAAGCGCUCCAGGAGCAGCUGCAGCAGCUUCAGCAAGAGAUCCGCGAGGCGGAGUUGAAGGCCCGGGUGGUAGAGGGGCAGCUGCAGAGCUCCAAGACCAAGCGACAGCAGCUGGAGGCGAAGAAUGAGACUGUCCCCGCCAGUGAAACAGCGCAGCAACAGCCGAAUUUGGGAACCGAAUGGGCAACUGCUCAACUUCAGAACUUUUGA